AUGGGGAAGUCAACGUCAGAAACGUCUGACGAGUUUGAGUUUGUGGAGACACCGGCUGCACCAUCGCCUACGCCUCCCAAUGAGGACUGUGGUGUACGGACAACGACGUUUCCUUCCGUCAAGAAUGCACCUCUGCCUGCAGAUUCGACAAGCAGUGACAACUUUUCCAACGCCCUGCUUUUCUCCCUUCUUGCCCUCGUACCAGGCUUUCUCGCCCGAAAACUCCAUGGUGGUCUCUUCACCUGGGCAUUUUUUGCCCUAUUUACAAGCGUUCCUAUACUAGUGUCCUUCUGGUACGUGGCAUCGACAAUCUCUCCGCGGAAGAAUGAAAAGGCUCGGUUCCCAGGGCGCCCUGUCGAACACUAUCUUCGCUUCCAUGAAGAGAAGGACAGGAUUAGAUACCGAGGCAAAUCUAAGAUACCCAUGGAAACAUUCCAUGAGAUGUACUUUGAUGGUAAGGUCGACUUCAAAGGGGACGCAUUGGAGAUGCUGGAGUACCGGCACGACUGGGCAAACUUUAGGUUCACAUUGAGCCUCUUUCGUUUCUUCUUCACUGGAAUGAUACCGGAGGUCAUCAUGCAUUCGCGAUCGCAAGAUGAGGAGCAGGUACGAGAUCAUUACGAUCGGGGAGAUGACUUUUACGGAUGGUUUCUGGGGCCAAGAAUGAUUUACACCUCUGGCAUUGUUUCCGACAUCGACAAGGAAGAGUCACUGGAACAAUUGCAAGAUAACAAGCUUGGCGUUGUAUGUGAGAAGAUUGGCGUCAAACCUGGCGAGAAAAUGCUUGACAUUGGCUGUGGGUGGGGCACUCUUGCGAAACAUGCAAGCACAGUCUACGGUGCUCAUGUCACCGGUGUCACGCUUGGCAGAAACCAGACCGCAUGGGGCAAUAAUGGGUUGAGAAAAGCCGGAGUGAAGGAGAGUCAGAGCAACAUUCUGUGCAUGGAUUACCGCGAUAUUCCUAUCCCACAGGGUGGUUAUAACAAGAUUACUUGCCUUGAGAUGGCAGAACAUGUUGGCGUGCGACAUUUCCACACCUUUCUCACCCAAGUUCAUGAUAUGCUGAACGACGAUGGCGUUUUCUUUCUGCAGAUCGCUGGACUCAGAAAAUGCUGGCAGUAUGAAGAUCUCAUUUGGGGGCUGUUUAUGAACAAGUAUGUUUUCCCCGGCGCUGACGCAUCGACACCCUUGGGUUGGUUUGUAGAUAAACUCGAAGGUGCUGGGUUUGAAGUGAAGGGCCUUGAUACAAUCGGGGUACACUAUUCAGCAACUCUGUGGAGAUGGUACCGCAACUGGCUUGCGAACCGUGAAAAAGUAGAAGGGAAAUAUGGGAAACGAUGGUUCAGGAUAACGCUGGUCAAGAAUAUCAACUCUACACAUCGUGUAGAAGGUAUUCCGAGUCAAUUUGGCCUGGAAGGGGCAUUGGCUGCUUCGAAGGUCGCUGCGGCUGCUAACAAAGCGAAGAAUAUUCCUGGUGACUUGGGUGCCAAGGUAAAAAGUGUGUUGAGUCAGUAA